AACAACACUCUUCAUUUAAGACUAUACAGAGUCCUCCUUUUUCAGCAGUAAGUCAAAGCCUCAGCGGUUUUGGAAGACAACUGCAGCUAAAGAGUCAACUUGGGCCUGGAGGACUGAUAAAGUUUGUGAUAUGUCUGUGAUGCUAGCAGAGAAGUCAUUACAGAGGCUACGGAAGGUCAUGACAGAGGUUGAAAUGCCUGCUAUUCCAGUACCCAGAGCAAUAGUGGAGGCAGAAAGUCUUAAACUGACAAGCAAGGGAAUUAGUGGAAUAACUCUUUUUUGUUGUGUCGGUGUCAUGAGGGGAACAGGGAGCUCUUCGGUCCUAUUUGCAAAUUGAAUUUUGGGAGUAAGGAAAACUAGUGUGCAUGUGCCUGUCCAAUUAGCAGGUAGACGCAUGCAGGCAGAGGAUCCACAGAGGAAAAAGAGACCUUGUGCAAGGCAAAACUGGAGAUGCAAAGUAAAAAGAUGAGAGGGAGUGCUGAAAGGGGUGUCUUGUACUCAGACUCCUAGGGAUCCAGCUAGGGCUGCGGCUGUCAGAUGUUGUAAUGGGGACUGAUGAGGUAACUGUGUAGAGGGAGAGGUUCGAUUUUCAUGGUGUAUGAGAAAACGUCGAGUAUCUAUGAGCAACCUUUCACUAUUAUUUUCAGGGCUGGGUAUAAGUAAACAAGAAGAGGGCCUGGGAGGAGAGUCUGACGAGCAAGGGGAAGGUAGCCAAGGAUGGAGUGAAAUACAGGGUGACCUGUGUUUUUCCCUUGGCUGCUUUGGAAAUUAUGGGAAAAAAUCAAAUACCAAGGAAGAAAAAUCUAUAAUGAAAUUAGAUGUGGAUUUCUUUUUAUGUAUUCAGCUUGGGGCUUACGAUACUUCCAGUACCCAAAGCUCUGCCUGCUUAGGACUCUGCCCAGCCAGGAAGGAAAGGAAACCUACAGGAGGAAGAAUGGCUGCAGGGUGGCUGACAACCUGGUCACAGAACUCAGUGACCUUCCAGGAAGUGGCAGUGGACUUUUCCCAGGAGGAGUGGGCAUUGUUGGACCCUGCUCAAAAAAAUCUAUACAAAGAUGUGAUGCUGGAGAACUUUAGGAACCUGGCCUCAGUGGGGUAUCAGCUCUGCAGACACAGUCUGAUCUCCAAGGUGGAUCAAGAACAGCUGAAGACAGAUGAAAGAGGAAUUCUACAAGGUGGCUGUGCAGACUGGGAAACUCAACUUAAAUCAAAAGAUAUAAUUGCUAUGCAGAACAUUCCUGGGGAAAAAACAUCCAAUGGCAUAAACAUGGCAGAAAGUCAACCUGGUGAGCACUCCCUGGAGUGUAACCAUUGUGGGAAAUUCAGAAAGAACACUUGCUUUAUUUGUACAAGAUAUUGCAAGGGAGAGAAAUGCUAUAAAUAUACAGAGUAUAGCAAAGUCUUCAACCAUCCCUCAGCUCUUAGGAGUCAUGUGAGCAUUCACAUUGGAGAGAAAACUCCUGAAUUUACUGAUUGUGGAAAAGCUUUCAAUCAAGAGUCAUCCCUCAGGAAACACUUAAGAACUCCCACAGGACAGAAGUUUCAGGUGUAUGAUCAAUGUGCUAUGUCCUUCAACCUACACUCUUUCUGCUCAGUACGUGAGCAAAUACCUACUGGAGAGAAAGGUGAUGAAUGCAGUGACUAUGGCAAAAUAUCUCCCCUUAGUGUCCACACAGAAACUGGUAGUGUGGAGGAGGGUUUGGAAUGUAAUGAACAUGAGAAAACUUUCACUGACCCUUUGUCCCUUCAGAAAUGUGUCAGAACUCACUCUGGAGAGAUGCCCUAUGAAUGCAGUGACUGUGGGAAAGCCUUCAUUUUUCAGUCUUCCCUUAAGAAACACAUGAGAUCUCAUACUGGAGAGAAGCCUUAUGAGUGUGAUCACUGUGGAAAAUCCUUUAGCCAGAGCUCUCAUCUGAAUGUGCACAAAAGAACUCACACUGGAGAGAAACCCUAUGACUGUAAGGAAUGUGGGAAGGCUUUCACUGUUCCUUCAUCCCUUCAGAAACAUGUGAGAACCCACACUGGAGAGAAACCCUAUGAAUGCAGUGACUGUGGAAAAGCCUUCAUCGAUCAGUCAUCCCUCAAGAAACACACACGCUCUCACACUGGAGAGAAGCCUUAUGAGUGUAACCAGUGUGGAAAAUCCUUCAGCACAGGCUCUUACCUUAUUGUGCACAAGAGAACUCACACUGGUGAGAAAACCUAUGAGUGUAAAGAAUGUGGGAAGGCCUUUAGGAAUUCCUCUUGCCUGAGGGUACACGUGAGAACUCACACUGGAGAGAAGCCUUAUAAAUGUAUUCAGUGCGAAAAAGCCUUUAGCACAAGCACUAACCUUAUAAUGCACAAGCGAAUCCACAAUGGCCAGAAACUCCAUGAAUGAAAUGACUAUAGGAAAGUGUUUGUUGCCCCUCAUGCCUCCUUUCUCACCUUAGAACAUACACUGGAGAGAAACCCUGUUAUGGUCACGUGGAAACAGCCUUCUGGCCCAACUCUGGAUGUCUGUUAUACCGGGACAAACCUUAUAAAUGUUAUAGCUCUGAUUGUUUUUAUCAGUGAGUAUUUCAUUCUGUGUGCCAGAACUGUAGAUCCUAUGAAUAUUUUAGUUAUCUUUUCAGUUUAAUUGCAUUGUGAACAGAAUACAUGGUCUUCAAUAUAUAGAUUCUGUGUGACAUAGAUUUGAACAUAAUUGCUGGACACUGACUGAUGUACUGUGGCAGACAGAACUAGUUGCUGUCUCAAUAUCCAUUCCUCCCUUCUUUCUUAAAGUAAUAAAAUUUACCAUUUAGUUUAAGCUGGCAAUGUGGACAGUUUUCACCCAGCUUUCCUUACAGCUGUGAGCGGCCAAAUGUGUUCACAUCCCUAGCCCAUGCAAAGUAGGCAGAAGUCACUGGAUACAUCUUCUAAGGAAGCUGAUGGAAAUGGGAAUAUCUCAUCUCGUGUGUUUUUCUUAACUAUUUGCCCUUUGUCUUAUCCCUUAUUUCCUAGAAAAUAUAUACACCAAGAGGAGGGCAGAGAAAGGAUACUAAAUGAAACAACAGGGGAGAUACAGUAUUAUCUGGUUGCACUAAUCCUGUGCUGCUUAUCUCUGGAUUUCAUGUUACAUGAGAAAAAUUAACUGCCACGUGGUUUAAACUACUCUUGUGGGAAGUUCCUCUUUCAGCUGAUUUCAGUCCCAACUGUUAACAUCUAAUAUAUGGUCAAGUUUUAGGAAUCAUUCAA